AUGGCAACGGCAAAGCGUAAACAGGAAGAACUUGGCGAGGAAUGCGACGAACAAGAGUCCCACGACAACGAUCCCUGCAGCGAUGAAGACGACGCCAAGAGGCCCAGGCUCGACCUCCAUCUUCACCAUAUACCGCACCAUCUCGAUACGGGCGCCAGAAUAGACCCUGAUCCAAAUCAUUACAUUGAUUACAAUUACGAUUAUUCUAUUUCUAGAAUGUCCAAUUAUAAUGCAAAUGAGAUGCCGUGCGAUUUAUCUAACUGGCAAGUUAGGAGUAUGGAUAGAGUUGAAAACAAUAUGGCGGACGAGCGCGAAAUCGCGAACGCUAGUGGCUCGUUGGAUAGUGAACAGGAUAAUUUUAAUAGUGAUAAUGCUGAUGACAGUCAGCCGAUAAAUUUCGCAUAUUACCACUUUUAA